AUGGGAUGUUUAGCUGAGUGCAGCAGGCGAGGCGGUUAUCAGAGUUCACCUAAACAGCAGAUGCAGGACCUUUCGGAAAAUGUGAAGGGGGCAAACAAACCAGAAAGCCAUGGGCAAAUAGAUUUGGAACACGUGGAGAUGAUGGGAGCUCAGUGUAAAAGUACAGGAAGCUAUGACAAAGUGUCAUCAGGUGCUGAACGCAGAAUGGAGGCUGGUACAAGCGGCCAUUGCAUGGCAAAUGGAGGAGCUGUGGGACUUGCUAGCAUUUCAGAAGGCGGACAACCACAGCCAUCGGAAGGAGUGUCGCAGCAGCUGUCUCAAGCUGUUUUUCGAUUUCCCUGCUCUUCGGUUCGUUCUGGAGGCAAGAAGUGUGAGCCAGACGAGAUGCCAGCAGCAGAUAUAGGGAACGGUUCGCUGUAUGACAGCCAGCGUGGAAACCGGUGCCUGGCAGGUGUCGAGGAGCAGUUUCAGUACUAUGGACAGUUCUCUCCCAGUGUCUCUAUUCUCCUGGCAGUGCUGAUGGCUCUUAUGGUUCUGGCCACUGUAUUGGGGAACGCUUUGGUGAUCUUGGCAUUUGUUGUGGAUAGAGGUCUGCGUACUCAAGGGAAUUUUUUCUUCCUUAACUUGGCAAUUGCAGAUUUUCUAGUUGGUGGAUUCUGCAUCCCUCUCUACAUCCCCUAUGUCCUGACUGGCCAGUGGAAGUUUGGCAAAGGAUUGUGCAAGUUGUGGCUGGUAAUGGACUAUCUCCUAUGCACUGCAUCUGUGUUUAACAUCGUCCUGAUCAGCUAUGACCGAUUCAUCUCAGUAACUAAAGCGGUAUCUUACAGAGCUCAGAAAGGAAUGACCAGGAAUACAGUGUUGAAAAUGAUAGCCGUUUGGAUUGCAGCCUUUCUUCUUUAUGGUCCAGCUAUCAUCAGUUGGGAAUACAUUGCAAGAACAAGUAUCUUGCCUGAAGGAGAAUGCUAUGUUGAAUUUUAUUACAACUGGUACUUUCUAAUGAUAGCAUCCACAGUUGAAUUCUUCACACCAUUUAUCAGUGUUACAUAUUUUAAUUUAAGUAUCUAUAUUAAUAUUAAAAAAAGGACUAUGAUGAGAAACGAAGAGCUGGCUCAAGGUCAGGAGCACUGUGAGAUGAGCUUCCAUGGAAAAAAGAAAGAGACCUUGAUAUUUUUUGUCAAACCUGCGGAAAGAUGUCAUGGAGAUACUAGAAAACUGAACUCUUGCCUCACACCAACAAGACCGUCUGUUGCAGGACAUACCACCAAGAAACUUGAAGGACAAACUGUUGAUCUCAAUAUAAGUCAAGAUCUGCCACCAUUACAAGUUGAGGUCCAGUCAAAUCGACCUCAGGACUGCUUUUAUAAAACAGUGGAGAAUGCAUGCAGUAAUAUUAGAACAGAUAUGGCCAGUAGCAUUGCAAACCGUUUUAGGCUAUCUCGAGACAAGAGGGUAGCCAAGUCUUUGGCCAUUAUAGUUUGUGUGUUUGGAUUAUGCUGGGCUCCAUACACACUAUUAAUGAUCAUCAGGGCAGCGUGCCAUGGCAGCUGUGUCCAGCAUUAUCUCUAUGAGAUCUCAUUUUGGCUCCUGUGGUUGAAUUCUUCAAUUAACCCUGUCUUGUACCCUUUGUGUCAUAUGAGCUUCAGGAAAGCUUUUAUGAAACUACUUUGCCCAGGAAAAGUAAAAAUUCAUCCUCAUUUUUAUUUGUAA